CUUAACCCCACACAGGGCCCACAGGCACAUUGUCAAAAUGGCGGAGUCUAACUACGAGGCUAACAGUGAAAGUAGCAUUAAAAGUAGUUCCCAUGAGGAUCCAUCAGUGGGUAUGAGUAUUAGAGGAGAGGAGAAUAUUUCUGAUGACCCUAAUCCCUCCACAGCCUCUAUUGGAAGUCAACCAGGCUCUUGUGAACAAAAUUCAGUAAUGACUGCAGAGUCAGGAGUGGUGCAAGAUGAAGUCACUGAUGUUGGAAAGAUGCACAAUAAAGAUCAGAGAGCCAUGAAGACCUUAAAACAAGUCCUUACAGAUGCUAAAGUAGGACAUUCAAAGGAUAUUCAAAUUAUUGUUCUUGGGAAAACUGGUGCUGGUAAAUCAGCACUUAUCAACAGCAUCAUUGACUUGGAGAGAAUAGUUGCUAAAGAAGGUGCUGAUAUGGAGCCAUGCACAGGCACUGUCCGACUCUACCGAUGUUCUAAUGUCAUUCCUGGGGUUAAUGUUACGAUUAUUGAUACACCUGGUCUACAGGAUAUUCAUCAAAAGGAGCAGUCAUACAUACAACAAAUGAAGAGCAAAUGUCAAGAGGUCACCCUAGUACUCUAUUGUAUGAAAAUGACUGAUCGCCGACUUACCAAUGAUGAUAUAGUUGCCAUGAAGAAGCUUCAUCAAGCCUUUGGCCCGAAGUUUUGGGAAAGAGUUGUGUUUGUCCUCACUUUUGCAAACAAGGAAGAUUGUGAUGAGCGAAUAGAUAUAGAUGAACCAGAGUCAGACUCUGAACCACCUGAUGAUGAUGAUGAUGAGGAAGCUUGGGCUGAAAUAACGAGGAAACGAUUUACUCAUAGAAUUGAACAUCGAUCUAAAGCAAUAAAUGUGUUUUUAAAGGAUACUUUUCGUAUCAAUGAUGUCCCUUUUUCAGUUGCUGGAACGUACAAAUCACAUCGCAAAAACCGUAAACCUAUGGUCCUACCAGAUAGGGAGAAUUGGGUGGUUCGUUUUCUCUCACUUUGUUCUCAUGAGAUUAAAGAAAAGCACAAGUUUACUAAAUUGAGUUUAAAUGACAAGAUCCACUUUGCUAUCAUCAUCAAUAAUUGUGGGAAGGCCAGAGAGGACACUGAAGAAAAUGAUCAGGUCAAUAUUUUGAAAAAGGCUUUUGAAGGUCUUGGUUUUUGUACUCUCUGCUUCAAUAAUCUCAAUCUUAAGUCAAUUCUUUUCCUUUUUGAAGCAUUUCAGCGUGUUGAUCAUUCUCAGCUAGCAUCAUAUGCAUUACUAUUUCUCAGUAAAGGAAAUACAAAUCAUGUUUAUGAUACUAGUAACACAGUCAUUACGUUUGAACAAAUUUUUGCCUUUUUUAAUGACGCUGGUGCUUUUCAUAUCCCCAAGCUUUUUCUUUUUCAUUUGGCCUAUGACAAUGAGCCACCAAGUGAUCUACUGGUGCUUCCUGAUCCUCCUAAUAAUUCUAUUGCUUUGGUUGUGUCUAUAAAGCAAUUAAAAAGUACAAUAGUUUCACGAGCUAUUCGCUCUGUUGCCAAAAAUUUGCUACCUGAAGAAUGUCAUAUCAAGCCAUUGAAGCAAUGCUUUGAAGAAAUGAAGCACCAGAUUGAGCAGUUAGAUACAGCAACUUGUGUUCAUAAGAAUAGUCUUCAAGAUAGCUUUGUUAUACCAACUUUUUGUCAAGAUAGUGCUCAUCAGUUAUUGGAGAAAAAGCAUCGCUUAUGUUAUGUAAUGUGGUAUCCUAUUCGCUGCAAGACAAUAGAAGUAUUAUUGGAGAAUAAGGAUGAGGUAAUGAAAAUUGUUUCAUAUGAAAGAAUAGGCAAGAUUGGGGCAUCGGUAGCUGGUAUAGGAGGAGGAGCUUUAAUUGGAGUUGGUUUAUUCCUUGCUAUUCCUACUUGUGGCAUUUCAUUGAGUCUUGCUGCUAUUGGGGGUGUAGUUAGUGGCAUUGGUGCUGGUACCAAUCUGAUUUCUUCUAUCACAUCGAUAGUGACAUCCAAUAAACGUUUGAAGAAUGCUCAGUUUUUUGUUACCUUUGAUCGGCAGUUUAGUAAUCAGCUAAACACUAUAGCUGCAAAGCAUGCAGAAUCACUCGAAACUUUCGAGGAAGGAACUGUUUAUUGUGGAGUUAAAGCAGUUGCCAGUGCAAUCAGUGCUGCUGGCGUAAUUGGUGCUGCUCGAGUUGUCAUUGAAGAAGGAAGUGAAUUAGCACUAAAAGCUGCUGGUAGUUCACUAGUAGCAGUUACCAUUCCUCUUGAUCUUUGGGUCUUAAUUUAUAAUUCUUAUCUGUUGCACAAUGCAGCUCAAGAUGAGACUGGCCAGACUGAUAGCAACAGUACCAUUAAAAAAUUAAUAGAGCAAUUUGGAGACUCUUUGAAAGGUUUUUUUCAUGUUAUUGAUGCAUCAGAAUACAGGGAGAGUGGUGCUAUAAUCGAUAAAGAAAGAUGUGGCUAUAAAGUGAGCAUUCCAAGAUUUGCUCCACAAGAAGCAGCUUCUGUAACAGUAUCCACUAUACUCUCUGGUGCAUUUAAUUUACCUAAAGGAGCAGUAUUAGUCAGUGCAGUUUAUGAUAUCCUGAUUGAUAAAAGCCUUAAGGAUCCUGUUACUAUUGAUAUAGAGCACUGUGUUGAUGUGCUUGAUGAAUCGGUAAUUGGAAAAUUGUCCUUUGCUAUUGCUAAAGCAGAUGUUACUAAAAAAGCAUUUGAGGUCCAGUGUAUUACUGGUGGAACAUUUACUAGGGAUUCUGCUUAUGGAUCAAUUACUGUCAAAGAAAGUUGCCUUCUCUGUGUAGUGACUACUGAACCAUUACUUUGUUCUGAACUGAAGUACUCUAUUAAUUGCUCUUAUGCAAAGUUUUAUCAAGACUUUUGGAUCAUGAAAGCUUCUUUUAUUAAAAAUCUUUCUGCUUAUUCAAAGUACAUUCAAAUCCAGAAUGCUAGUCCUGAUGAUGUUCAUUCUUUUCAUUUUAAUGCUCUUGAUGAACCAUGUAUUAAUGUACAAGACUUUAAGACCAUGGCAUCUAAUGAUUGGACUUUAUCUCCUCAUAUCAUACCCAAUGGACCAAUAUUUAAGAAGUCAUUAGAUGGCAUUGGGUUGAUUCACAGUGGAACCACACUGAAAGAAACAAUUCCCUUCAUUGAGUUUCACGUUACUAGAAGUGAAGGAAGUAAGAAAGAAUGUGAUUUAGAGCUUAAGUUAACUGGAACUGAUUUGAAUCAUCUACCUAUUAACUGUCGUAAUUAAACUUUUUAUUGUCUCAGUUGUACUUAUUUAUAAUAAUGUAUUA